CAACGAUAGUGUAACAUCCUAGCAGACAUAAUGUUGACCAACGUACUGUGAAUCUGCCAUUAGCGUAGCAUGCAAGCUCCCAAUAUAACCGCCACUGGCCCAAAAUUUUUUUGGGCACAAAGGUCAGCUAACCCAGCUAGCAAUUGUUGAACAGGUUCAUCGCUGCAUCCAUGUCAAAGUAUAAAACACGGCAGAUUACGUUAAUAACACUGAGCGUUGCAUUAGUCUUGUACUUUAUUUCGGUUUCAUCUAAAGCAGCUAAGCCAAGUCGACCAGAUCCGCUACCACUCGUUCAUCUAAACGACUAUUGGCCAUCCAAAGUAGAACAGGCAUUAUGUCGACCCAAGAUUUAUGUGUAUAACAUACCAGACGCUAUCCAAGUUUCCAAACACGAUCGCAGCACAACAUGCUAUCGUUCAAACUACAAGUCAGAGAUCAUGCUAUACGAUUCAUUGACCGAUCCUUCCAGUACUUUUUAUAAGCUCUAUGUUACCGAGGAUCCAGGAGAAGCUGAGCUGUUCUACAUCCCUUUCUUUGGUAGCUGUUGGCUGUUUUCACAAUGCUGGUCAAAGCAUAAUUGGAAUUGGGAAGAGCGUUGUGGAGUUGACGACGCAUAUGUCAAUCCUCUUAUGGAUUUCAUCACCAACAACUAUCCAUACUGGAAUCGAACAGGUGGCCAAGACCAUUUUAUGGUACACCCCAUGGACCACACUUUUAAUUACUACAAAUCCAACGAUCGGUUUCAACCUGCUAUCUUCUUGACCACAAUUGGCGACAAGCGUGGUAUGACCAUGCCAAAACAGCGAUACGGAAAAGAUAUCAUUAUUCCUUCCGCCACCCAACUUUUACACAGCACGAAUCUUGAUAUUUCACAGUACAUCACUGCCGAUGGAAAGCCAAAAUAUUCAAAAGUAGGCUCGAACACCAGAGAUAUCAUGGUUUUGUUCCGUGGUCUUGGCGAAGAAACGCAACCGAGCGACGUCUACUCACAUGGCAUCCGGUCGUUACUCUUUUCAUACUAUCAACAUCUGCCACACUGGGACAUUGCAGACAGAUCAACGGAUGAACAGUAUGCGGCGUUACUCGCCAGAUCAAAGUAUGGUCUAGCUCCUGAAGGCUGGACACUCGACACGACCCGUGUUUGGGAAUACCUUGCAUUUGGCGUCGUACCUGUCAUUAUUGCAGAUGGCAUUAUAGAGCCAUUUGAGAGCGAUGUUGAUUGGGAUUCCUUCUCAGUACGUAUCAGACGACAAGAUGCCCACCGAAUGGAUGAGAUCCUUGAAUCUAUCAGUGAGGAAGAGUAUCAGCGAAAGCAAUUCGCUGUCUGGUAUCAUGGAAGAACAGUUGGACUAGAAAAAGACGCAUGGCACUAUAUUGUAAGAGAUAUGUGUCGAAUUAAGCGUAUCAUUAGACCAGAAAACUUAAAGCUUGGUUAUUAGAGUAUUAUCCUGUAAAUCAUUAUAACUUAAUGUAUUAUUCGCCUCCUUUGUUUUGUUAUUGCAGCUUGACUGGCGGGGAGAUGAUUGAUGUGAUUUGAAUUGUACAUUUUAUUUUAUCUAUUGUCUACAAUGACGAGCUUCACAAGCCCAAGCGUUUUGAUGGAUGUUUUCGAAAAAUCUUGGUUUCUUCAGCGUUACAUACCCCUACAAGUGGAAAAAACAAAAAAUUAUUGAGCGAC